CAUAAAAUUCGCAUGUACAGAUGGCUUUCUGAAAUUUUUUACUGCUGUCUGUCACAUGCACGUUUUUGGAGUAAUCGCAGACAAUGCCAAAUCGCGACAACAGUGUUGACAGGCAUAGAGAAAAGUAGUCAUAAGGUUUCAAUCACAGAAAAUGAAUUGGAACCAGUGCAUAAACCACUACGUUACAGACGGUUCCACAGAGCUAGACGCCACUCAAGAGUUAAUGGAGAAUUCGAAGAAUUGUCAGAUAAAAAUGAAAAUAGCAAUGGUGUUACAGUGUCUAAAAAAAGUAGUAAGCAUAACAUUCAAAAGAAACUUGACAGAUUAGCUGAAGAAAAUCGGAUAUUAACAAUGAAACUGGAAAGUUUUAAUAUAAGCCCUGAGACUAUUGCAGAAUUAAAAGAAAAGGAUUCCUUAAUAUCAAAAGUUUACACCAAGUAUCAGAAAUUAUUGAAAAAUCAUGACAACUUACAACAAGAAUAUGAGAAAGUAAAUGCUGUUUUGGCAGAACGUGAAACAGAAUACAAUCAGUUGCAAAUGCAUCACAAGAAAUUUACAGAAGUUUUACAAAAAGUAGAAAAAACCAAUUCCAAUCUUCUAACAUUUAAUCAAAGAUGUAAGGCUGAAAAUGUUCAGUUAAAUGAAGAUGUACUGCUUCUUAAGCAUGUAAUAUAUCGAUUGAAUGCAGAGCUUGAAAGAUAUCAAAAUAAGUUAAAAGAAUCUGGACAAAGUGUUUUACCUAAAAAUGUUAAUGAUAUAUUAGACUCUAAAAGACAGGCAGACGAUAUCAAAACAGUGUCAGAAUCUUGGGGUUCGGUGAAUACGCAUGUGCUAGGCCCACUUUUAGACGCUUAUCAAGAGAGCCUGUCGGAGAAACAAGAGCUUGUAAAUAGAUACGAAGAGGACAUCGCAAAUUUUAGUACCAGAUGCAAAGAAGUUAUCAUGGAGAAUGAAUGUAUGCAGAAUGAAAUGGAGCAGUUGAAAUCAAAGUGUACCAGGUACGCAGAUGAAAUCAAGAUGAUAUCCGAAGAUGCUGACUUGCUCAAGGAAUUGAACGAGUGUUAUACGAAACAGACAGCUCACCAAAAGCAAAAGAUACACGAGAUCCAUUCAUUGUACGAACAGAAAGUUGGGGCAAUGUCAUUUGAUAAUAACAGGCUUCACGAGGAAUGUCUCGCUUCUAAGACUGAAUUGAGUAAUCUUCAGGGAAAAUAUGAUAUUCUUCACAAGGAACAUGAAAAGUUGCAAAAUGAUAAUACAAAAACUAUGCCUGUUCAUGUUCAUAAUGCUGCCGUCGAAGAAUGCAGAGAACUGUUUGAUAAAUUGAAGCGUCAAUAUGAAACUGAGAAAGAAAAACUCUCCACUCGCAUUAAAGAAUUAGAGGAAUUCCACAGCCAAAAUAAAAGUCAACUGGAUGUAGUUACGAUUGAAAGAAAUCAAUUGAAAGGAUUGAAUAAAAGUUUUGAGAAACGUUUGAAACGUAUACAGCAUAAAUUGGAGCAUUUUCAAAAAAUUGCGCAUUCCAUGCAAGUAUCUCGAGAUUCCUUUAAGAAACAAUUAAGAAAGACUACAUUAUAUUGCGAAGAGUUAUUCAGUGAAUAUGAAAGAAUAGCCGCCGAACGGGAUAAAUUAAUGAAACUUUUACAAGAAACAGAAAAUGAAAAUGCAAGUAUCCAUUUGCUCGGCGAUACUAUUACUCAACGAGUAGGUCACCUAAAAGACCAAUUAAAGAUUGUACACGAAGGUGCUAAGCAACAAAUAGCGCUGGCAGAGAAAAAUAUGAAAGUGCAACAGCUCGGAGUGCAUCGAAUGAAGGACGAGUAUCACCGAGAACUGCAACGCUUCAAGCAUUUGCUGAAGCAAAAAGAGGAAACGAUUGGACGAUUGCAGAAAGAGAUUAGCGCGACCCGCGAGAACUUGGAACUCGUUUGGAGAGUCACCGCUGUGGAUAAUAAGAAAGUUAAAGGAGGACAGAAAAGCGCGAAGAUUCAGCAUGUUUAGUUAAGCUUAGAAAUUACCAUGGACGUAUCCACGAUGUGAAAUAAAUCUAAU